AUGCAGUACCUAGGUAUAACAUUAUAUUUAAUGUACUAUAGUUUCCAGAAUUGUCAAGGCUAAACAUUCCAACACACAAAACCAAAGCCUUAUGAGUAUCUUAUACUAUUUAAAAAUAUAUUUAAAAAAAGCAUUGCUGGUCCUUAGGGUGGCCGAGCUUAACGUAUAAAAGUGUAGAAUACAUACCAUUCGGGUCGUCUAAACCCAUCACCAUGGCAAUGUAUAAAUAAGAGAGUGAGUGGUAUGCAAAUAUGAUCGCUCAUGUGAAGUGUAAGCGAUGAGGAAGUGACUAUGUGUAUACGAUCACUUAAAUAGGCAUAUCAGUAAUAUAUAGAAAGUCCACAGAAUAUUUUGCCAGUACUGCUGUGGAAAAUCCAGUUGCUCUUGUGCAAAUUGUAAACGUGCAGCAAUGUUUCGUUUGGACAGCAGUGGCUUCUCUGUGGUAUCCUCCCAUGAAAUCCAUUCUUGUUUAGUGUUUUACGUAUUGUAGAUUCGCUAACAGGGAUGUUAGCAUUUGCCAGUGACUUUUGUAAGUCUUUAGCUGACACUCUAGGAGUCUUCUUCACCUCAUUGAGCAGUCUGCGCUGUGCUCUUGCAGUCAUCUUUACAGGACGGCCACUCCUAGGGAGAGUAGCAGCAGUGCUGAGCUUUCUCCAUUUAUAGACAAUUUGUCUUACCGUGGACUGAUGAACAGCAAGGCUGUUGGAGAUACUUUUAUAACCCUUUCCAGCUUUAUGCAAGUCAACAAUUCUUAAUCGUAGGUCUUCUGAGAGCUCUUUUGUGCGAGGCAUCAUUCACAUCAGGCAAUGUUUCUUGUGAAAAGCAAACCUAGAACUGGUGUGUGUUUUUUAUAGGACAGGGCAGCUGUAACCAGCACCUCCAAUCUCAUCUCAUUGAUUGGACUCCAGUUGGCUGACAUCUCACUCCAAUUAGCUAUUGGAGAUGUCAUUAGUCUAGGGGUUCACAUACUUUUUCCACCUGCACUGUGAAUGUUUACAUGGUGUGUUCAAUAAAAACAUGGCAACAUUUCAUUCUUUGUGUGUUAUUAGUUUAAGCAGACUGUGAUUGUCUAUUGUGACUUAGAUGAUCAGAUCACAUUUUAUGACCAAUUUGUGCAGAAAUCCAUAUCAUUCCAAAGGGUUCCCAUACUUUUUCUUGCAACUGUAUAUAGUCCUAUUAAAGAGCCAGCGUAAUGCUCAGGAUUAGAUUUCUUUGGUCCCUGUAUUCUGGUCUCUGGAUACAUUAACCCCUUAAGGACACAACUUCUGGAAUAAAAGGUAAUAAUGACGGAAUAGUUCCAUCAUGUGUCCUUAAGGGGUUAACUCGUUGUUUGUUGUUGUUGUAUCUUUUUUGGAUGUGGCUUAUCUCUGGAAUAGUAAGAGCCGCAUUGCUCCAAUUCUAUGUUGUAUUUGGCAAAUGUACAAGUGAUAUUAAUACAUAUAUAGACUGGGUCCCAUAUUUGUUAACGCCAAACAAAGGAGGGAUUACUCCUCUAUCUUAUACAUGCCCCCAAAUAGUCUGUUAACCCCUUAAGGACACAACGUCUGGAAUAAAAGGGAAUCAUGACGGAAUAUUUCCGUUAUGUGUCCUUAAGGGGUUAAUAAGUGUGAUGAUACGGUCCUGGCAUCUCUGGCUCUGAAGUUGGAGUAGUUCAGGCCUGGUAUCGCGCGUGCCAAUCUUUGCAUUAGCCUGUACUUUUCCACUAGUGAAUGUAGCAUCUCUCCUAGCUGGCAAAUCAGUUGUAAGCGAUGCGGUCCUGGCGUCUCUGUUACGAUAGGCAUAAUAGUUUGGUCCUUUUAUCACCUUCGGGAAAUUUCGUUUGCUUGUCUGGUGAAUUUGUACGCUGAGCACUAGGACUCCGGUACUUGAGUUUCUAAGUUCCCGGCAAAGCAGGAUACACUGCAGUUGCUCCGGGUAUUACAGGAUAUUCUAUCUAACUAAAAGCUGUUGAUGAUUUACCUAUGAGUGAUCGCACUAUAGUAGAUCUUCGAUAGUUACAACACAGAAAGAGACAAGGCAACUUCUUUAAACACUUUAUGGAUUUUUGUAUACAAAAACAAUCAACAAUUCAGAAAGUACAAAAUACACUUAAAGACUUACACGAUGCAAUAGGACAAAAUUACAUUUAUAGACAGACCAUUGAGGAGAGGCCUGGGAAAACUCAACACCGCAAUCCAACGAGUAUAGACACAGGAUUAGAACCACUGGCUGUUUAUAUUCUGAUUUGCUACUCAGGAUCUAUUUUUUCAAACGCUAAGAUUUAUUUUGAGCCAGGAUUUGCUAUAGUUUUGUUUCCCUGUGACUUAUAAAGAAAUAUUUCCAUUUUUAGUUGAAAUGUGACUUGUGUUACCACCGUGUCUAGAGUAAAUGGUGUAGAUACUUUCCAGUUCUGUGCAAUAAUUAUUUUAACUGCACCCAUAAAGUGAAUAAAUAUAAAAGCUUUUUUACUUUGUAGUUGCAUGUAAGAUAGCAUUAUCUUGUGCUCUAGGGAUCUUUUUUUUUUUUUUUUUUUUAACCAAAUUCUCUGUCAAAAACCUUGUUCCAAAGAUCCUUCACGAUGUCACACUCCCACCAGAUAUGCAUAUAGGAGCCAUGUCUCUUGUUACAGCACAUUGGAGAGCAUGCUGUAAAAUCAAACUAAAAUGAACUGCUUUAUUGCAUGAGCACACAGCUUUUCUACAUUUACAGGCAUGACACAUUUGUAGGUACAGUACUUACAGUGGGGAGAUGGUCAGAGCCAGCUCUUGCAAUACAAUGGCUCUCCUUGACCAUCUCACAUUAAGCUUAUAAUAGGCAGGAAGUUACACUGUUGACUCAGGCCAACCUCAUACUGUGCUGGCCAUACAUCUUACAACGUCUUGCUACGUACAUUUCCUAAUCCCAUCAGAUAUCCUAGCAGCUGAGGCCAUCUGAGACCAAGAGUAACUGAACACGUUGCAUAUGUAUUAUUAUCAUUAUUAAUAUAGUGCCAACUUAACAUGGAGUGUUUUACAAUAACCAGCAUAGCUGUUCCAUUUCCUUCUUGUAAUCCUACAUGUAAUAAGGUAGAACACAGUCCUGAGCUCACCAUAUAUCUGCCCUGUUUCUGUGAGCCUUCUAAACUACACACUCUAGUUCUUCUCCUGCACGCAUUCUAUCGCUAGUGAUGGGAGCUCAGUGGCGCUGUGAGUUCUCAAAUGGAGAAAAGGGAAAUAGGGCAAAUAGAACAUUCAUCACAAUAAGCAUGAAGAUACGGUUGAAACAUUUCUGUGUAAUUUGCACAGUAGCUGAUCUACUAAAGAUGGCUUGCUGAGGCCCUUUUUCUCAUGCACAUCAUCUCAAAUUUUCUGUCGCCUUCUUUGAAUCCUUCCCAUAUGGUGGAACUCAUUGCAUUUUCAUUGGAUGUCCAUCUAGUCAUCAGGCCCCUGUGCAGUGCAACAGCUUUCAGAUGGGGGGUGGGAAGUGUAAUUGUCCUCAUUCUCAUCCCACUCAUCUGCAGACUACUUUAAUUCUUCCCAAUUUGGGUAGUUUCAUCCAUUUUACAGAUUCUCCAUUUUUGCAUUGGAUAACUAAAUUCUACUUCUUAUAGUAAGAUGGAGAUUUUCAGUUUUGUCCUGGCGUCAGAAGCCAAAUUUGCACAGAACUUACAUUAGCUCACCUGAAACUUUCUUCUGGGAUGGCUUGUGAUGCUGCCGGAGGUGGUGUUAAAGGGUUAAUCUCUGUAUGUGCAGUAUUUUUAAAUAUGCUGCCUAAGGUGGAGCUGAGGGGUUAAUCUUUGUAUAUGCUGCAAAACUUUAAAUCAAUGAAGUGGUUGUGGUGCAUGGAGUAAACCUUUAAACAUAUUUACAGUUUUUAAGUUUUUUGCUUCAUCUGAUGUGUAUGAGAAGACUCUCUAUUCCCCCUACUCGUCGAUCUUUAAAAAAUUGCCAUUUAGUGUAUUCUUUGUAGAAACGAAAUAAACUGAAAUGUACAUGUGAAAAAAUAGGAGACGUGUUCUGUCAGUUUGUUUUCAUAGUCGUGUGUGCAGUGGGAGUCACCUGAUUUCAGUUAAUGGUUUGUUCGGUACAUUUAUCAAAAUAUUCAUUUUGCAAAUGCUAAUCAUUGUUCCUGUAAUAUAGUACAGAAUGAAAGUGGAACUGAAUUAAAAUAUCAGUAAGAAAAAAUGUAAAGUACAAUGAGACAGAGUUUCCCAAACCAGGAUGUUUAUGGAAAACACUAUAAAUCCAAAAGUAUGAUAUGAAAGGGUAGAAAUAAAUACAUUUAUUAAGCCGUUGCAUUAAGGGGGAAAAGGUCACUAUCUAAUAUUACAUUAAAUAACAGAAGCUGGUGAAAGAUAAAUGUACUCUUAACAGUUAAAUGUUUUCACUUUAGUUGACGUUUAUAUUAUAUAUGUAAUCAUAUAAAUACACUGUUAAAAAAAAUAAAGGGAACACAAAAAUACCACAUCCUAGCUCUGAAUGAAUUAAAUAUUUUUCUGAAAUACUUUGUUCUUUACAUAGUUGAAUGUGCUGACAACAAAAUCACACAAAAAUUUAAAAUAUUGAAAUCAAAUUUUUCAAACCAUGGAGGUCUGGAUUUGGAGACACACUCAAAAUUAAAGUGGAAAAACACACUACAGGCUGAUCCAACUGUGAUGUAAUGUCCUUAAAACAAGUCAAAAUGAGGCUCAGUAGUGUGUGUGUGUGUGGCCUCCACGUGCCUGCCUGUAUGACCUCCCUACAACGCAUGUGCAUGCUCCUGAUGAGGUGGCGGAUGAUCUCCUGAGGGAUCUCCUCCCAGACCUGGACUAAAGCAUCUGCCAACUCCUGGACAGUCUGUGGUGCAACGUGACGUUGGUGGAUGGAGCGAGACUUGAUGUCCCAGCAUAUGGUCUCACAAGGUGUUUGAGGAUCUCACCUCGGUACCUAAUGGCAGUCGGGCUACCUCUGAUGAGCCACAUGGAGGGCUGUCUGGCCCCCCAAAGAAAUACCACCCCACUACCAAACCGGUCAUGCUGGAGGAUGUUGCAGGCAGCAGAACGUUCUCCACGGCGUCUCCAGACUCUGUCACGUCUGUCACAUGUGCUCAGUGUGAACCUGCUUUCAUCUGUGAAGAGCACAGGGCGCCAGUGGCGAGUUUGCCAACAGUCCUGCACGGUGUUGGGCUGUAAGUACAACCCCCACCUGUGGACGUCAGGCCCUCAUACCACCCUCAUGGAGUCAGUUUCUGACCAUUUGAACAGACACAUGCACGUACAAAUUGUGGCCUGCUGGAGGUCAUUUUGCAGGGCUCUGGCAGUGCGCCUCCUGUUCCUCCUUGCACAAAGGCGGAGGUAGCGGUCCUGCUGCUGGGUUGUUGCCUUCCUACGGCCUCUUCCACGUCUCCUGAUGUACUGGCCGGUCUCCUAGUAGCGCCUCCGUGCUCUGGACACUACGCUGACACACAGCAAACCUUCUUGCCACAGCUUGCAUUGAUGUGCCAUCCUGGAUGAGCUGCACUACCCAAGCCAUUUGUGUGGGUUGUAGACACCAUCUCAUGCUACCACUAGAAUGAAAGCACCGCCAGCAUUCAAAAGUGACCAAAACAUCAGCCAGGAAGCAUAGGAAGUGGUCUGUGGUCACCACCUGCAGAAACACUCCUUUAUUGGGGGUGUCUUGCUAAUUACCUAUAAUUGUCACCUGUUGUCUAUCCCAUUUGCGCAACAGCAUGUGAAAUUGAUUGUCACUCAGUGUUGCUUCCUAAGUGGCCAGUUUGAUUUCACAGAAGUGUGAUUGACUCGGAGUUAAAUUGUGUUGUUUAAGUGCUCCCUUUAUUUUUAUUUUUUGUGCAGUGUGUAUAAAAUUUGCUGUGCUGUUUUGAAAUUGAGUACCAUAGAACUUAAAUUGGAUUUUUGAUGAAUAAAAGGCUGUAAAUCGGUAUGUAUGUUUAAUGAAUAUUGGUAUUUCAAUUUGAGAAUUAUCUCCAUUUUAUUUUUCUACCCAAUAAACUGGCUCAGGAUAUAUCUACUUUUGGAUUCUGUAUGACGUUUGGUCAAAACCUGGAAUGUUGGUGUGGACCUGGAGCCUUUGCUCAGUUUUACAACUAUGGUUUGUUGAAAACAGCAGCAACUUUGUUUACUUUCAGACUCCAGGGCUUAUUUUGAAUUGAAUUACCAGAUUUCAGUCCCGUUGCGAUGCUUACAAAACCUGGGCUACUGGUUUGCUUUGAAGAUUGUUUGACUCCUCUCCUGCAACUGUCUAAUAACCUACUAAGCCCUCAGUGAAUACUUUUCUAGCAACUUUUACCCUUUGUGUCACUAUACCCCACUCCCUCUAGCAUGUAAGCUCAUUGAGCAGGGCCCUCAACCCCUCUGUUCCUGUGUGUCCAACUUGUCUGGUUACAAUUACAUGUCUGUUAGUCCACCCAUUGUAAAGCGCUAUAUAAAUAAUAUAUACAGGAUCCCAUUUACUUUUUCAUGAUCCCAUGCCAUAACAUCACACUCUAAAUAUAUUACAUAAUCUCUAAAGCACAGCAACUCGGCAGGUAGUGUUGUGAAGGUGAUAUAUAUAUAUAUAUAUAUAUAUAUAUAUAUAUAUAUAUAUAUAUAUAUAUAUAUAUAUAUAUAUAUAUAUAUAUAUAUAUAAUUUUUUUUUUUUUUUAAAUCUUACUCCAGAAAAGUGGAUUGUCCAUAAACAUGAGUAAUUCUUUUUGAACCAAUCAUCACUAAUUUUGUUACUGAAAAAAAUAUACAUUCAAGAGAUUUAUUUUUUUUGUAUGUAAUGGUUUAUUUAUUUUGCAGAACUGAAUGCACUACAUGACGAAUUAGGUUCUAGUGGGCUUGUCAUUUUGGGAUUUCCAUGUAACCAGUUUGGACUACAGGAACCAGGGAGCAAUGAGGAAAUUCCCCUGGGAUUAAAGUGAGUAGAAUAUGAAGAUUGUAAUUAAAAUGCUGUCUUUUGGGCAAGAAUAAAGGCUUCGCCGUUGAGUUGAAUUGUCUAGCCUAAAAUUCAACAAAUCUCAUUAACAAAUUUAAUAGUGCCAAGUUGUCAAGAAUAAAAUAAUUUAAUUGGUACACUUUGGAAAUGAUCUAGUUUUGAUCUGAGGCACUUGGUAUGACUUCUAUUUUCUGAAUGGGGAAAACUCUAUGCUGGGCAAUUCUUGAUACCCAAUCAAAGUUGGUUACUUGCCGUGUUCGAGGUUUGUUAUUUCUAUUUUAUAUUACUUGUAUUAAUAUCUAAUGAUGCACUGCUUGUAGGCUACUUAAUUGCGCAUAGACAGACCGACAUAUCCAUCUCUGGGUUAAAUGGGCACUUUCCUGCAUGGCCCAGAAAUCUUGUAAGGACAGUGUACAUUUACUGGACAUUUCCAAAGGUAUUUGGUUACUUCAUGUAACAUCUCAUUGUUCUUCAGGCUGCCUGGCCAGCCCCCAGGAGCAUGCAUAGUCAAAUGCGUGAAAGCAUUUAUUGAUGCACUCGCACUUUGCUGCCUGGGACAGUUCCCUGGUUUCCCACAGGACCUUGAAAUGACUGUUGUGAGGCCUGGUACACACAUUAACAUCAGUAUACAUACACAGACAUAGAAUACACAUACACAUUACAAGAGACUUACACACUCAAACAUAUUCAUACACACGUCACAUACAGAGACAUAUGCAUACAAAAGCAAUUUUAUUUUUUUGGAGUUGGUUUGCAUGAAUGUCUAUACCUAAAAUUUUGUGUCUACAGGUUGCCCUGAGUGUACUAGGUCAGGUGGGUGGUAUUUUAAGAGGUUGAGCUAUUAUAAGAGGAUAAGGAGGCCAGCAGGGGUACCAGAGCAAAAUCUGUGUAACAUUUUACUGUCCCCAUAAGUCCCAUGCUGCAGCUGUCUUCGCUCAUCCAUAGUGGCAUGCUCUCCUCUGCAUCUGGCAGCCAUCAAUAGCACUGGCACGGCAUACUGCUGAUGUGCAGUACGUCUCCGAGGUGUGUGUGCACACAAUAUCUGUCACACUGUGACAGAAAUACCUCUCUUCGCAGUGUGUUUGCACCCCCUCUGGGUGUAUGCCCUGUGUGCAAGUGUUUUAUACUGGCCCUGUGAGUAAUUUUACUGAUACAUGUUGGGCUGUAUGUGCAUGAAACAGAUUUGAGCAUAAAGUGGCUUGUUGCUGGUAUUGCUUUUACUUUUUUUAAAUUUUUUUUAAUGUAAUUAUUUGAGUAUAAUUUUAAAGACAAUACAUAAACAACAUUACUGGAAGACACAAUUUGUCAUUGUUUAGUAUCAAAUAAAAUGUCCUAUUUAGUUUACUAAUGACAUACAUAUAACUAAGAUAAUACAGACAAGGUAUUGCUUAAAUUUUCUCAACUGCUUCCAUCAUAAAGUCAAAUAUUUAUGCAAAGUGACAGAAAAGCAACCAAUCUGCGAAAGGAAAUUCAGAUAGUUUUUGUAAAUAAAGGAAACCAUAAAUAAUAAAAUGUUUUCAUAAAAUAAAUGUUAAAGUAAUGUUUUAUAAUAUAUAACCAAACUACCAAAAAUAUUUCUAGCUUGGAGGAUGAGAUUAAUCGAACACAUUACUCUUUACAAAAAAAAAAAAAAAAAAUUUGAUAUUGCCAUCUUAGCUUUAUUUUUGUACUUUAUUUUUAUUUAAACUGUUAAAUAGAACAGUAGUCAACAGGCAAAGAAAAGUUAUUAAAACCAAGAGAUAUAUAUAUAUAUAUAUAUAUAUAUAUAUAUAUAUAUAUAUAUAUAUAUAUAUUUUCGACCAAAGAGCCACACAAACAUUUGUAAGGCAACUCCAAAUGUCAGAAAAAGAAGAGCAAUAGCUUGUUUGAAAACAAGACAAAUUUAGUUUUAAAAAAUAAAUAAAAAAGAGGACAGGAUAAUGGCACCAAACAUUCUUUAUAUUUUUAGUUUAAAUAUAAAAAAAUAUAUAUAAUUGUUUUGACACCACUUUUUUUUUUUUUUUUCAGAUAUGUGCGUCCUGGUGGAGGUUUUGAACCAAAAUUCCAGAUGUUUGAAAAGGGGGACAUUAAUGGGAAAAAAGAGCAGAAAGUAUACACAUUUCUGAAGGUAUCAAAAAAUUUAUUUUUGUUUUUUGUAACCCUUUCAAAAUAAUUUAGAUCUGCAUGUUUUAAUGUCACUGUAUAUUGUCCUUUCACUUGAGUAGGAACAUCUUUAAGGUACUAAAAAAAAACAAAAACAAAAAAAAAAAAACAUUAAAGGGACACUAUAAUCACCAAAAUAACUUUAGCUUAAUGAAGCAGUUUUGGUGUAUAGAUCAUACAGUCUCACUGCUCAGUUCUCUGCCAUUUAGUGUUUGGGAGCUGCAGCACAGUUUCGAAACUAUUUUUAGUUCAUAAUUUUCGUACAUCGAAUUAGAAGAACAAGCACCACGCUGAUAUCCACUGGUUCUUUUGGACCACAACCUGUGCUUUUAAGAAGUGUCUGUUGCUAAAUGCAGAGUGAAGUCUGAAACACAAUGCCUGUAUCUAUUUGCAUGUCAAACAGGGACCUGUGAUAGAUAUGGAAACAUUAUUUCUUGAGUUCCUGUACACUAAGAGGACUUUACAAAGUCAAACUUGAGAGGUGUGCUUUUCUCUAGAUAGACUUGGUCAGGGACUGAAUUAAAAAUAUCUAUUAGCAGCCAAUCAGGACCCGGGAUAAGCUCGUUUUUGUCCUUGAAAAACACAUUGUGAUAAAAUUUACCAAGUGUGCACCUUUUAGUUGAACACUGGUCAGUUGUAUUUGCAAAUUUAAAUUUAUUAUUUAACAAAACAUGGAAUUCAUUGAUAGUGUUAAUAGUCAAUAGCUGUGUAAUGUCAAACUAAACUAGCCCCCAUUACCUUUCUAGCAAACUUGAUUAUUCAGCUUUCAUCAUUAUUUAUUUUCUUAACAAAUUAAAAAAUCAUCUUAUUGGUAAUUUGUUUUGUAGAAAGUAAGUCCACAACAGUGGAAUUUCAAAUAUGAUAGCAUUUCUUUACUUUAUUUUCUUUUACCAGAACUCCUGUCCUCCAGUGGGUAAUAAUAUAGGCAACCCACUUAACCGCCUCUUCUGGGACUCCCUCAAGACCAAUGAUGUCAAGUGGAACUUUGAGAAGUUUUUGGUGGGACCGGAUGGUCGGCCGUGGAGACGUUGGCAUCCUCGUACACCAGUCGCUCAAGUGAAGAGAGAUAUAAUUUUCCUCAUGAAGCCUCAGCACGGUCAACAAAGUAUCCUUAUGCUGGGAAGGGAGCAGAAAUAA